AUGGCUCCACCACCUCUGCGCUCCGGCGGCGCCAAUGGCGGGAUCCACGACGACGAGGACGAGUUCGACUUGCUUUUCGAUGAUCAGGCACUCCUCGAUCCUGAGCUCGAGGAGAGCCUCGCGCAGGCAGAGGCCACUUACACCGCCUCGCAGGCGGUCCAGCCCGCAGCACCCGCUGCUGGCUCUUCGUUCCGCCUCCACACCGACAAUGCUCCCGCUCGCUCAUCCAACCGCAGAGGCGCCUUUGUACCUCCCGCAGCAAAGAAGCCGCGCCUCGAUCCAGGUCCCUCCAGGCUCGGCAACGCGCAUCGCCCCGCAAAGCCCUCGUUGCUGGCCGAACCGGGUCCGGACCAGGUGAUCGUCCGCGACCUCCGAGAAGAUGAAGACUUUGAGGACAAGGACGACGAUCAGUGGUGGGCAACCAACAACGCGCUCGAUCAGGUGGAAGAAGAGGCCAUCCGCAUGUCGCAGCACAUGCCCACUACGCAACCCAACGGCGACGAUCGCAACCACGAAGCACGAGAUGCAAGAUCAAAUCCACACCCGUCGCGGCGUGCUACGACCAGCAAAGCAGCACAGAACGCAUCCAAGGAGCCGCCAGAUACAAGCCGCGGUGCGUCAGCCAAGCACGCAUCUGCAAACGUCGAAACCGACGAGCUCGAUCAGCUUCGAGCCGAGAUCGAGCGCCUCCGCGCCGCACAGCGCGCGCAGGACGAGACGGUGGACAAGCUCCGGCAGGAUGCCUACCGCAAGGCUGGCGAGGUGGCCGUCGUGCGUCAGAACCUCACCAAGCUCAACCAGGAGAACGCCAAGCUGCGCGAGCGCGAGGUGCAGCGCGAGCACGAGCAUCGCGCCUCGCUCGAAAGGCUCCAAAAGGACCAGGAAAAACGCCUCCAGCGCCUCGAGACCGAGACCGCCUUCCGCAGAGUAGAACAGGACACCAGCCGUCGCAUCUGGCCCUCGAGCGUGGCACGUCUGCCUCCCGUCGGUCUGCGUGACAUGGACAGAAGACAGGAAAGCCAGGUCAGAGCCGGCCUCACCACCCCGACCAAAGCCAACCGAUAUGGGUUACGCGGCAGUGGGAGUUCAGGCAACCGUCAGCGAUUCGUAGACACGCCGGGCAACCGCCAAGAACCGUCCACGCCCACACGCUCAGCAGUCAAGCCGGCUCCACACUUCCCCCGGCCUACAACGGCCGCAGGCUCGGCGUCCAAGAGCAAGGCGUUCCGUGGCCUGCAGAACUCGUUUGCCGACUUUGCACCCGUUCAGGAGAAGAUCCGUCAGCAAAGAAGCUCACCCACGAAGCCAGGCAGAGCAGAAACUUUGGCUCCAGCCGAUUGGGACGCAGAUCAGACCGUUCCGAUGGAUAUGCACGACGACCAAGACGUCGUCAUGGCAGACGACGGCCAUCCAUCGCCGCAAGCAAGGCCAGCUUCGAGACCAAGACGCUCCUCCGACUCGCAAUCAGCCGGUGCAGAGGCAUCGCGCCACAACGAGUACCGCUACCUCGCCGCCGUGUCCGAGAUUCUGCACCAACGCACCACCAUCGUCUCGCUGCUGCUCAGCCACGAAUCUCCCCCGGCUGCGGCUCCCGCUACGUACCCCGCCAGUGCCUUCAACACCUCAGCCUCUGGUCCGUCAGCCCAGGCGCAAGAGACCUCGCGAGCUUCAGGCACGCUCAGCCGACUCAUUUCGGCCGACCUGGUGCGCGACUGUCCCAAGGCGGUGGUGUUCCGGUACCGACGUGCGGUCGAGACGCUGCUCGCGCACAUGAGCCGCGCGACGGUCAUGGAGCCCGAGGAGCGCGAGGAUGCGCUGCGGCUGCUGUGGUCGCGCGGCGAACAGGCGGAUGCGGACGAGAUGGACUUUGCCUUUGCCACGAUGCACCUGUCGCAUGCGGUGGCGUCGGCGCUCAUGGUCAUGGCGGGCAUCUUGCUGCGGCUGUGCCAGACGGAUCUGCUCACCGACGUGCUGCGCCUCGUGUCGUGCCUGAUCGCCAUCCUGCCCCGCUUCUGGAUGGAUCUCGAGUGUCUCCAGCCCGACCGGCAAGCGGAUCACGACGAAAUCGUCUUUUUGCGCGGUCCAGACGCGGACAAGGACCAGGAGGCGCGGGACUUAUCGACCCCGAUUCAGCUUCGCGAGGUACUCGCGCAGAGCAUCAACGACUGUCGGCCUCGGGUGGUCGCAGAUACGGCGGAUGCCUUGAGUCGCCUUGCGGAUGGAGCGGCGCGCAAGGGUUCUGAAGACUGGACGCUGUCGUCCGAGGCGAGGGAAGACCUGCUGCAAGCAGUGGUGGGCGUGUUGGAGGCCAUGUCGCAGUGCACGGACACGAGCAAUCUGGCGAUCGUGCAUCCUCUGCGCGUGCUGCAGCGCCACGGCGCUCUGCACAAGCUGCUGCAUCCGGAGCGGCCGAGCUGGCUCAUCUUUCGCGUGGUGCGCAUGCUGAGUUCGGCGGUGUCGGACGCGCCGUUGAUUCACGAGUGUCUGGCGUCCAAGGCCGAGAGUGACAGCAGUGGUCGUGGCGGGUCGGUGUCGAUGCGGAGCGCACGGUUUCCCGUGCUUGAGGUGCUGGUCAAGCAUCUGGUGGACCGUCGCUUCGACCUGCCCGAGAGCGAGUGGCAUCGGCUGCACACUGGCAUCCUCACGCUGCUCACGCAGGCGGCGCUGCAUUCCGCCGACACGGCGGUGGUGCUCGCCGACAGCGCGCCACUGCUCGCGGCGCUCAUCCGGUGUCUCUCGCUCGACGCCGACUUGGUCUGGCUCCACAGCAGGCCGACGUUUAUGCUGCCCCCGCGGCUGUCCCAAUUCCGCCCUGCGAGCGGCGGCAAGGCAGGGUUAGUGGCAGAUGCGUCGGGUGCGGAUCUGGUGCAGGCGACCGAGCGCAUCGUGAUGGACACGCGCCUGCUCAAUCUGCUGUACAACUACCCGCUCCCCAUCGCCAACGAUCACGCGCACCGCUUCGAUGGCGCAGCAGGUGCUGCGGCGAUCGAACGUAUGGGUCCCAUCUCGCUCGCCACCAAGCUCGACCAGCCCGAGACGUACAGCAUGCUCAACGGCAUUCGGCAGAGCUUUGUCGUGGCGCUCUCGCGCAUUGCCUUCUGCUCCGAACCGGACUGGAUCGCGCCCGAGCGCAAAAUGCUCGCCUCCCUCCUUCCCGCCCUCCGCCAGCAAGCAGCACAAGCAGCACCAGCAAACAGGCAGGCUGACGACGGCGAAACGGACAGGAGGGACGACAUGCAGCCGGGCGAUGGAUUGGUGGACGAGGUGGAGGAGACGAUCGCGGGGCUGGAUAGGGUGUCGAUGCUGUUGGAGGCGAUUGCGGACGUGGCGGGUGAUCUGGCGGAGCUCGUGCUGAGUCCCGAGGAGAUCGACAGCAUCUAUGAUCUGCUUGCGGCCGACGACGAUGGGGCCUCCGAGCACGAAGCUAUGAACGUCGAUCGGGAGCCGAGCAAGACACGCGACGAGGCGGAGAGCGAGACCGAGUCGGAACCCGAGCUUCAACUUGGCCCGGGAAAGCGCAAUGCCAGAAGCAGGGGCGACGUGGAUGUGAUCGAGAUCGACGACUCGGAUUGA